AUGGGGUCCGGUGCUCUCUUGGAGGUAGACGAGACGUUUUACGACAAGCAUAUGAAUAUCAACGUCAAAGGACCCUUCUUCCUAACCAAACUUGCCGCUCCAUUGCUUCCUGAAGGGAGUGGGCGCGUUAUCUUCUUUUCAACGUCGCUGACCCACCAGGAUACUGUUCGUCCCAAUAAUAUCGUCUACGUAGCGACGAAGGGGGCCAUAGAACAAAUCACUCGUACGCUCGCUAAGGAUUUGGGCGCUAAGGGUAUCACGGUUAACUGUGUGAACCCCGGUCCGACCGAUACACCUCUUUUCCGUACCGGCAGGCCGGAGGAGCAAAUUCAGCACAUCGCUGAUCUCGCUCCCGAGAGACGCCUGGGCCGCCCGGACGAUAUCAGCCCCGUUGUAGCUUUCUUAGCUUCGGAUGGGGCGCGCUGGGUGAAUGGUCAGAUCAUUCUUCUGAACGGGGGAUUUGUUGUAUGA